UUACAUUAUAUUUACUUGUAGUAGCACGAGUUGGUGCUGCCAUCUACACACGUUCAAAGUAAACUAAAACAAAAAACUGCCUGCGAACCCCGCUCCUGCGCUGGCCUUCAUAUACACGUUUUGUGUCGCCGCCAUCGCACACAUAUUUUAUUCGUUUAUUUGAAUCUUCGAAUAAAAGUGAUAAAUAUGGGUAAAAGACGUCACCACGACAGUGAAGAAGAUCAUUUGGCUUAUAAAAUAAGAAAACUUGAAAGGAAAAUGGCCAAAGUGCGCCGUAGACGACGUAAAUCUUACAGUUCAAGUGAAAAUUCCUCACCUCAUUCUCGGAAUUCAUACCAAAUUCCUGAGUUGGAUGACCAUUCAGUGUUGCUGGAGGCUUCAAAUAUUGGAGAAGCCCCGCCUGAAAUUAUUUCUACGGACGAGUCAAGGGAGCCUGAAGUAGUUGAGUUAGAUCCAGAGGCAAGUACAUCGGUAGAACUCGCUCCAGAGGUACUAUGCUUAUUAGGCGAUGCGCCUGAACAAGAAGACGUAUUUGGCCCCAACAUUCACAAGGACAUCGCCAGCCGCUGGACUGAAAUCCUGAUGAAUGGACUUAAGGAUGAGUCCAAAAAGGAAAUCUUGAAGGUACAUAAAACACCUGAUAACUUAAAACAAGUUCGCGCUCCAAAGCUCAACCCCGAGAUUAAGGCAGCAGUUAACGAAAAUGUUAUCAAGAGGGAUUGCAUUAUAUCCGAGAAGCAAGAUCUAUUAUCUUGCACUAUUACUCAUAUCGCCAAUAUAUUGACAUCUGUUCUGACGGAUUUGAAAUCUUCCAGCUACAGUAAGGACUUAUUACAGUCUCUUAGUAACACAGGAAAAUUACUUUGUCAUAUACACUAUUUAGAAACAAUGACACGCAAAAGAUUCUUGUUGGCUUGCCUUAACAAGGAUGUAAAAGACAACAUCAAAGAGGCCAAGCAUGAUCAUAUGUUGUUUGGUGAUGGCCUGCAAGAUACGUUGAAGAGCAUUAAGGCCAUUUCUAAAGCAGGUGCAGAAUUACGACCUGUCACUUCAAAGCCAAAACCGGCUCCUAAAUCUAACCAGCGACCAGGUGAACCAGCUACGAGAUCUUUAAACUGGAGGGGCCCGCCACCGCCACCACCUCCCCCUCGCCGCGCAGCAGCGAGGCAGAGCUCGACGGCUGGUGGGCGCAGGCAGCAGCAGCAGACAGCACGGCGGCCGAGCGACAAGCGGAAUGCUCGCUCCGACAACAAGAAUUCGUAUCGCGACCGCCGCUAACUGACAACAUGCACGCUGCUCCGGAACCUUCACAGGCUGGUAGAUUGAAAUACUUUUAUAAUAAUUGGUCUCAGAUUACUAAUGAUCCUGUUGUUUUAUCGUGGGUUUCUGGCUUGCGCUUACCAAUCUCAAAUGAGAUUACACAGGUAAACAAUAUACCUCAAAAUAAGCCGGAGAACGAUGAACAUAGGUUAAAUAUGACAUCUGAAAUUAAUAAUUUAAUUAAAAUAGGCGCCGUUAAGGAAUGUACACCAUGCGAGGGUCAGUUUCUGUCAAGCAUUUUUCUCGUCGCAAAAAGUAAUGGCCAAAAUAGAUUCAUACUUAAUCUUAAAAAUUUGAAUCGUUACAUACAUGCUCCACAUUUUAAACUGGAGGACUAUAGGACUGCAAUGAAGCUCAUCAAUAAGAAUACUUACAUGUGUUCUAUCGACCUCAAAGACGCGUACUUUUCCAUUUCCAUCCACGAAGCUUACCGAAAGUACCUACGUUUUCAAUGGUUAGGAAAAUAUUACGAGUUUCAAGUACUUCCAUUUGGUCUUAACAUCGCACCAUAUAUUUUUACAAAAUUGAUGCGUCCUGUCAUGCAGUACCUACGUAGUAUCGAAGGCUUACUAUCUGUUAUAUAUCUAGAUGACCUUCUUUUACUGCAUAAUUAUUAUUCUGGCUGUAAGAAAAACUUUAACACCACAAAAUGCCUGUUGGAAUGGUUAGGUUUUACUAUUAAUACUG